AUGCUCCCUUCACUUGUUGCUGAUGUUGCUGCACAUUUUGACAGGCAACUAAUAUCAACUGCCAUUUACAUACACAACCCAGUGAACAUUAUUCCUGAUGGCGCUAAUAAUGAAGAUAUCCUAAUCCAAAAGGUGGAAUGGGAUGGAGAGGAAUACCGCCUCCAGCACGAUUUCAACGUCUUCAAGCACAAGUUUAACAAAACAUACGCCUCCCCACAAGAAGAGGCUUUCAGGUUUUCCGUUUUCAAAGCCAACAUGCGCCAAGCAAUGCAGAGGAACAAGAAUCUUGAUGGAUUCACUAAGUAUUCAGAUAUGACGGCAACUGAGUUUAAGAAGUAUCUAGGGCUGAGGACUUGA